AUGUCUAGUCACGCCGUCAAGCGAAGGAAACUGAGUUCUCCUCCUGGUGGAGUCACUCGUGUUGAACACUCAACAUUCCCAGCACCGGAAUGCAGCGCAAACCAGCCGACCAAAAUCGAUGCUAUGAAGCAGCCCGGCACCUUGAAGCCAACCAGACCCAUUGGAAAUGCUGGUGCCACCGAAAUGGCGCUUGUCAGCGGAUCUUCUAAGUCAAGCUUUUUCAAAAUGCAGCUGGACGACUUGGUCUCCGAGUCAAGGCCUUUCUACGACAAACAGCUCGCGACGGUCAAAGACACUCUCCAUGAUCUGAAGGAUUUGAUUGAGAACCUGCCAAAAAUACCAGCCAAACCGGCGUUGGAAGCUGAGAAAGAGAUGCGUCAGUUGCAUGGCGUUACUGUUCCUUACCCUGAACCGCGUCCUGGGAAGGAUACCAAGUAUAGAGUUGUGUUUGCCCCACCCGCGAACGUCAACGUGGUUGGAAGCUUCGCACUCAGGACUGCCUCGAAAACGGUGGCGCCGUACAUUGUUGACUUGUCCGUGACUAUGCCAAGUUCGAUCUUUCAGGAAAAAGACUACACCAACUAUCGGUACUUCCACAAACGAGCGUAUUAUGUGGCAUGCAUUGCUGCUGGAAUCAGAGGCCAAAAGAAUGCAGGCCUUGAUAUGAUGUUCGAUUGCCAGGAUGGGGAUGCACUUCGCCCCAUCAUAUUACUACAUCCCUCAACCGCGAAAUCUGGACAGGGACGUCCGAAAUUCCAGAUCCGCAUCAUCACAGCAGUUGAAGACACCCUUUUCCCAAUCUCCCGCACCCUUCCCAUGAGGAAUAACAUAAGACACGGCUCAGAAGGAGAAAGCAAGAACGAGCCGACUCCAUUUUACAAUUCGUGCCUCCGUUCAGAAGCCACUGUGUCUCUCUAUCACAAAGCUUUAUUUUCAGCUGCUCAAAGCUGUGAAUCCUUCAAGGAUGCCUGUCUUCUUGGCCGCAUAUGGCUCAAGCAACGUGGAUUUGGCUCUUCUUCGCGCAAGGGCGGGUUUGGGGGGUUUGAAUGGUCGGUGCUCCUGUCCUUUUUAUUGGAAUCGGGAGGCCCCAAUGGGAAGCCAGUUCUCCUGAAAUCGUAUAGCAGUUAUCAGCUAUUCAAAGCGACUGUGCAAUUCCUCAAUGGCAGGGACCUGACAGAGCCUCUGUUGCUUUCUGCGUCCGACGUCUCAUUUCCAAGCAAAGGCCCUGUGAUCUAUGACGGCAAAACUGGAUUGAAUGUUCUUUACAAGAUGACCCCAUGGUCAUACAACUUUCUUCGCCGCGAAGCAGGAACCACGCUCAGAAUGUUAAACGAGUCCCGAGACGAUAAUUUUGAGAAGGUCUUUAUUCUGAAGAUUGAUGAACCUUUACUCAAAUUCGAUCGGCUUCUCACACUCCCAAUCGCAGAAAAUGAUGCUGUCGCAGCAUUCCGCAAAGAACAUGAAAUUUACGAAGUGCUUGUGAAAGCUUUGGGAGAUAGGGUCGAUCUCGUAUACAUUUCCACGCCUCCUGCUAACUCCUGGUCUGUGGAAUCUAAAGGCCAUCGAAAAGCAACGGCACGACGCCUGUCUGUGGGUCUGCUCCUGAAUCCCGAGAAUGCCACGCGCGUGGUUGAUCAUGGCCCGUCUGCGGAGGAGAGGGAAGCAGCUUCGUCGUUUCGUGCAUUUUGGGGCGAGAAAGCUGAGCUCAGGCGCUUCAAAGACGGUAGCGUCCGCGAGAGUCUAGUGUGGUCCGAAGAUUCAUCCUCGUCGAUCGUGCAUCAGAUCCUUCUCCAUAUCCUGAAACGUCACUUUCAUUGUUGCGAGAAUGACAUAGGCUACGUUGGGGACGGGUUCGAUGAACAGCUUCAGAACAACGGCGAUGGAGUAGUGUCAUAUUCUGACUCUGCUUUCCAGCUCAUCAGUGAUGCGUUUAAUACUUUGGAGAAAACCGUCCAGACAAUGGAAGGAGUUCCCUUAACUGUGAGGCAUCUAGCACCAGCCAGUUCGUUACUUAGAUACACGUCGUUGCGUGUAGAUCGAAACGAUGGCACUGGUCCUGUCGACGUUGUGCUGCAAUUUGAGAGCUCCGCGCGUUGGCCAGACGACCUUGUAGCUAUUCAGAUGACGAAAGUUGCUUUCCUUGUGAAAAUAGGCGACGCAUUGACCGAAUCUAGUGACUUCUCCUCGGCGCAAGUUGGAUUGGAGAAUCAACAGAGCAAAAUACUCAACAACGCCUUUUUAGACAUCACUCAUGUGUCUGGAACCGUGUUUCGCCUUCGAAUCCAUCACGAUCGAGAGCAAAUACUGCUUGAACGUGGAGUUAAAGAGCAAGGUGGGAGUCCGCAAGUGAAACAGGAGAUUGCGUAUGCGCUUUCUGCGUACAAGCGACUUUUCAUUCAUUGUCCUCGCCUGUCGCAGGCGAUCAGGACGCUAUGCACUCGUCUUCCACUUCUAUCUCCUACUAUACGGCUUCUCAAAUACUGGUUUAGUUCUCACCUCUUCGACGCGCACGUUAACGAAGAGCUAAUCGAGCUCAUGGCUGUACGGGCAUUUACUCGACCACACCCUUGGGAGACCCCGUCAAGUGCAAUGACUGGCUUCUUGAGAACAUUGCACUCAAUCUCACAAUGGAAUUGGCAGCAGGAGCCGCUGGUCGUUGAUCUAGGCGGCGAACUCGACCAGGGCACAAUCGAAACCAUUCAGACACGUUUCGCCGCAUGGCGAAGCAUCGACCCAGCAAUGAAUAGCGUUUCCAUGUUUGUCGGCUCAGACCUUGACCCUGACGGUGUAACAUGGACACAGUACGGAAUGCCUCCAAAAGUAGUGGCCGCGCGAAUCUGCACACUCGCCAAAGCUGUGAUGAAGGUUGUACGAGAACAAGGGCCUGAACUCGAUGCGACACAGCUGUUCCUUCCAGCGCUCGAACCUUAUGAUUUCGUUAUCCACUUGCGCCCGAAGCUACUGCUUGAACGAUCAGCCUCGGUAGCGAAAUUCAAGAACCUCAGCACACCGAGAGAUCCUGCUCGACCAAAGAAACACACCGUGAUUAACGAUUUUUUUCGUGAUCUGCAGGCUUGCUUCAGUCCAAAUAUCCUCUUUUUCUGGGGACGCGAGCAAUCGGAUAUCAUUGCCGGGCUCUGGAAUCCGCAGACAUUGAAACCGAAGAACUGGAGUUUGGGUCUUGCAUAUUCCACGUUACCCGAAGGGUCAAGUGGCUCUGCUUCGGACAUCAGCGUUUCUAUCAACCGUACGGCCAUUUUGAAUGAGAUCUCUAGGCUGGGCGCGGACAUGAUUUCUCGUGUCGACGUCCAUAAGAAGUGA